AUGAAGGAAGUGCUGCUGAGUAGAGCAGCAGAAACUGUUAGCUGCUAGUUGAAGAGAUGUUUUGAACGUGGCUUCAAACGUAGAGGACUUAUUCUUCCCUCAUUCAUCCGAUGUGUGAACGCAGCUAUUUUGGAGAUUGUCAUCCAUUCCUUGUGCUGACCAGGCGAAAAACAGCUGCAUCAUGGAGCACAUCCGCACACCAAAGGUAGAACAAGUGAAGCUGCUGGAUCGCUUUAGCAACAAGUCUGUCACAGGAACCCUGCAUCUGACUGCCACUCAUCUGAUCUUUGUGGAGAGUAAUUCAGCCAGUGCCCAGGAGAUAUGGAUCCUGCAUCAUCACAUCGCCUCCGUGGAGAAACUGUCGCUCACAACCAGUGGCUGCCCGCUCCUCAUUCAGUGCCGGAACUUCCGGGUUGUCCACUUUGUGAUUCCCAGAGAGCGUGACUGCCAUGACAUCUACAGCUCUCUGCUCAGGCUACUGAGACCAGUGUCCUAUGAUGAGCUGUACGCGUUCUCCUACAACCCAAAGCAGAAUGACCAACAGAGAGAGGAGGGGUGGCAACUCAUAGACCUCGCAGCUGAGUUUGAACGGAUGGGUGUGCCAUGUGACCAGUGGCAAAUGACCGAUGUUAACAGGGAGUACAAGGUGUGUAAGACAUAUCCAAGAGACUUAUACGUACCCAUUACGGCCAGUAAACCCAUCAUUGUCGGAAGCUCCAAGUUCAGAAGCAAAGGCCGUUUUCCUGUUCUUACAUACUUCUACCAGGAGAAGAAGGCGGCAGUGUGUCGGUGCAGUCAGCCUCUCUCUGGCUUCAGCGCUCGCUGUUUGGAAGACGAGCACAUGCUUCAGGCCAUCAGCAAGGCCAAUCACAACAGCCGAUAUAUAUACGUGAUGGACACGCGGCCUAAGUUAAACGCAUUGGCGAAUCGUGCGGCAGGGAAAGGCUAUGAGAAUGAAGAUAACUACUCUAAUAUCCGCUUCCAGUUUGUGGGCAUUGAGAACAUCCAUGUGAUGAGGGGAAGUUUGCAGAAGCUUCUGGAAGUGGUGGGAACGCGCUCCCUUUCAAUGCCAGAUUUCCUAGUCGGACUGGAAAACAGCGGAUGGUUGCGUCAUAUCAAAGCCAUAAUGGAUGCAGCAAUAUUCCUUGCCAAGGCUGUGACUGUGGAAGGUGCUAGUGUCCUAGUGCACUGCUCUGAUGGAUGGGAUCGGACAGCUCAGGUCUGCGCUCUAGGCUCUCUACUGAUGGAUCCGAACUAUCGCACCAUUAAAGGUUUCAUGGUACUUAUUGAAAAAGACUGGAUUUCCUUUGGACAUAAGUUCGCAGACAGGUGCGAUCAAUUGUACACCGACCCUAAAGAGGUGUCGCCCAUAUUCACGCAGUUCCUGGAGUGCGUAUGGCAGCUGACUGAACAGUUUCCUCAGGCUUUCGAGUUCAGUGAGUGGUUCCUCAUUCAGAUCCAUGAGCACAUCCAUUCCUGCCAGUUUGGCAACUUCCUGGGCAACAGCCAACGACAGAGAGAGGACCUUCAGUUGAAGGAGAGGACAUAUUCAUUAUGGGCUCACCUGCUGAGUGAAAAGCAGCUCUACUUGAACCCACUGUACAGCCCAAGCUUUGUAGAAUCACACCCGGUUUUGGAACCAUCCACCCAAGCCUACCACUUCAAGUUCUGGAGAAACAUGUACCAUCAGUAUGACCGUUCCAUGCACCCUCGGCAGUCCAUUCUCAAACAAGUCCUCACCUUGAAAGAAAGCAACCGAGAGCUUGAGGCCACAGUGCAAGCCCUGAAGACUAAGCUGCAGAAGUUCGGGGUGAGCACGUCUCCACUGAAGCCCAAAACACCCCCAACCGAGCGCAGUCUCCCUCUCCGGCCUCAGUCCCUUAUCCUGGGAGCUCCUCUUCUCAGUCGGAAGGAAGUACAGCAGGAGGAAGACGAGGAGGUGUUUGGAGAGGAGGCUCUGGAGGAUCCUCCGGCCAGUACUGGAGGAGAACGGACUGUAGAGGGCAGCAGUGCCACAGAGAAUGGUUAUGGAGAUCUGCCAGGGUCGUUCGGUCCCAAGAAUGAGCCAACCGUUGUCACCUUGGAGUUUGGAGUGGCCAGAAUGACCUGCUAAGAACACUUGAGGACUUGAUUUUUUGAGAAUUAAGGAAUUAAGCAGGAUAAUAUAAUAUUUGUAUAUUCAGUACUGAGAAAGAUGAAGUAUGUUUGCUGAUGCGUGUGUGUGUGUGUGUGUGUGUGUGUGUGUGUGAGAGAGUGU